AUGACCUUGGGCAAUGUGUUUAUCCGGGAGAGUGUUCGGUACCGUAACACAAGCGGCGGCAUGCGUACUAGUACGGGCCGUCAUAUGGCUUUCUUCGGUUGGAACGGGUGUGGCGGCGGACUUAUUCGAGGGUCACCGACUCGACCACAAAGAAUAUUUCCUGGCGUACAGGAGCUGUGCCAUUACGAGAACGGGAAAUGGAACAUCUUCUCUUCUGCUCCUCUACCCUCUCGCGUAAAUGCGGCAGGCAUCGGUGGCCAUGGACAACUCGAUCCCAGCAAGAUGGCAAUUAGGUCGUUCCUGGUGACUGCUCAAAGAAUCGGAGUACAAGCGGGUCGGUCUUUUGGGGAGGAUAAGGUGGAGAACUGGCACGAAAACGUGGUUCACCUGAAGUGGCUACGUUUCCUUAGAGGUAUAGCUGGUUCAGCGAAAGAUUAUUUCAUGUUUAUUGGAAGGCUAGAGGAUCGUCUAGAUGACAAAGGGAGUGAGGCAUUUUUGACCCCAUUACUCAUCAUGAGCGGACAAAUAGUGCGACCCUGA